UAUAACCACCAGGUGGCGCGUCAGUAACGGGAAAGAAACAAAUAGCGAUUUAUUGAUUGCAAAUGAAUAUAUAACAGCACUGAACUAUAGUACGAUCUUCAGGUUAACAAGAAGGAUAUUAUAACUUAUCUAAAUAAAACAUAGUUUUAAAAUCUGUCAUGCUAACCUGUGAAAGUGGUCUGCUUAGCAUGUUAACAUGUUGACACUUCACAGUGCAUUAAAAGUGCUAUUCUUCAGUUGGAGUGGCAAAUGAGAGGCCAAAAUUAAAAUAAUACAAUAUAUUGCUAUGUAUAGCUGUUUAAAUUGAGCUUAAUAUGCUAUAUUCAGUCAAAUGGAAGUGUAAUUAAUGUUAGUCAAAUACUGGUGCUUAAGCUUAGCUAUAAGCACUAAUCAUGUCAGACAAAUCAAAACAAAUCCAGAUUUUUUUUGCAACAAGGGAUGCCAUCGUGAUCACAAGACAUUUUAGAAAUAUUAAUAAGACUAUAACUACAUUUAGAUUAAAAUGAACAUGCAGAAUUCCUUUAAACAUGUAUUUUAAAACAAUAAUACCAAAUCUUUUCACCCUGCAGAAUACAAAUAUGAAAACGGUUUAUGAUUUAUUGGUCUUUAAAGUUUACAAGUUAAAGCAGAGGGACACCAAAACAUUUAUAACUGGAUGUUAUGAUUUCCCGAAUCACACGAGAAUGGGACCUGCAAAACACCGCGACAUGAUGGUGGAUUUGGGCUAAAUAACACAUUUCCAAGGCGUUGCUAUGUGGUUGUUAUCAGGCGUUUCCAUUAAUUUUUCGUUCGCAGAAUCAUUUAGUGGUUAAUUACUCAUUAAUCAUUAAGGAAUGCCACAAAGUAGUGGCUGGGAAAUAUAAUACUAAUUAGAUUUGGGCAUUUUCUGAAGAAAUGCCUAUUACUAUGGCGUUGUUAUGUUGUUGCCAUGCGGUAGCAACGCAUUUCCGGUAUUUAUAUGUUGUUAUGUGGCGUUUCCAUUAUAUUCUGUUCACACAGAAAAACUGAAUAAUUUAUUCAUAAUACUAACGAUAUGUGGGCAUUUUCUGAAGAAAUGCUGAUUACUAUGGCAUCGUUAGGGUGUUGCCAUGCGAUAGCAACGCAUUUCUGGUAUUUGCUAAGGCGUUGCUAUGUGGUUGUUAUAAAUGAUUUCCAUUAUAUUUUGUUUGCAGAAUAAUUUAUUCAUUAAAUUACUCAUUAAACAUUAAAUAAUUUAAGUAAUGCCACGAAGUGUUGGCUGGAAAAUAUAAUACUAACUAUAUUUUCUGAAGAAAUGCCGAUUACUAUGGCAUCGUUAGGGUGUUGCCAUGCAGUAUUUGCAAGGCGUUUCCAUUAUAUUCUGUUCAUAGAAUAAUUUAUUCAUAAUACUAACUAUAUUUGGGCAUUUUCUGGAGAAAUGCUGAUUACUUUGGCAUUGUUAGAGCGUUGCCAUGCGAUAGCAACGCAUUUCCGGUAUUUGCUAAGGUGUUGCUAUGUGUUUGUUAUAAAUGGUUUCCAUUAUAUUUUGUUUGCAGAAUCAUUUAUUCAUUAAAUUACUCAUUAAACAUUAAAUAAUUUAAGUAAUGCCACAAAGUGUUGGCUGGAAAAUAUAAUACUAACUAUAUUUUCUAAAGAAAUGCUGAUUACUAUGGCAUCGUUAGGGUGUUGCCAUGCGGUAGCGCAUUUCCGGUAUUUGCAAGGCGUUUCCAUUAUAUUCUGUUCAUAGAAUAAUUUAUUCAUUAAAUUAUUCAUUAAACAUUAAAUCAUUUAAGUAAUGCCACAAAGUUUUUGCUGGGAAUAUAAUAAGCUACUAACUAGAUUUAGGCAUUUUCUGAAGAAAUGCCGAUUACUAUGGCGUCGUUAGGGUGUUGCCAUGCGUUGCUAUGAGUGGUUGUUAGGGCGUUGCUAAGUGCCCCAGUCUCUCAAUAUGGCUCUCGUGUCCCUCCUCCUUUUCCUCAGCUGUUUUCUGGUCCAGCAGGUGAAAACGCGGCGUCUGAUCACUGAGUAAAGACGCAGCGUGAUUUGAGGAAUCAUGCGUGUCUGGAGAAUCAAGUUUAUUCGAGGCAAACAGCUCUAAUGACGCGCGUUUGAACCUCGCGCUUGAUGGCGCGUGCGUGCAUGACCUCACUAUUCCUCACUAUUCCUCACAGCUGUGCGAGAGAGAGAAAGAGAGCAGCAGCAGACGCGCUCGCGCUUCCCAGCGCUCCGUCGGUAUGUCUCAAGCCGUUCUCCGUACAUUAAAAUGACCACAUGCGGGCCAAGUUGAUCCGCGCCCGCCUGCUCGUCAACGACAGCGUUGCGCACUGGAAUCAAACAUGGACGAGUCGUCGCUGCUGGAUCUGUUGGAGUGUUCGGUGUGUCUGGAGCGGCUGGACACGAGCGCCAAAGUGCUGCCCUGUCAGCACACCUUCUGCCGCCGCUGCCUCGAGAACAUCGUGAGCUCCAGACACGAGCUGCGCUGCCCGGAGUGCCGCAUCCUGGUGGACUGCGCGGUCGACGAUCUCCCGGCCAACAUCCUGCUGGUCCGCUUACUGGACGGGAUUAAACAGCGACCGAAGAACGGAGGAGGGAGGACGUCGCUGGUGGGAUGCGCAGCCGGAGUGUCGGCUUCGCCCCCGGGGACAGCUGUGCGGGACCUGCCCGUCGCCACACGCAGCUCCCCGGUCAAGAACGUUCCUCAGCUGCCGUGUGGAAAAGCCCUUUACAGCUAUGAGGGCAAAGAACCAGGUGACCUGAAGUUCAACAAAGGCGACAUCAUCAUCCUGCGGCGGAAGGUGGACGAGAACUGGUUCCACGGCGAGUUGAACGGCAGUCAUGGCUUCCUGCCGGCCAGUUACAUCCAGUGCAUCCGACCGCUGUCACAGACGCCUCCGCAGGGGAAAGCGCUGUACGACUUUGAGGUCAAAGACAAAGACCAGGACAAAGACUGCCUGACCUUCACUAAGGACGAGAUCCUGACCGUGAUACGAAGAGUGGACGAUAACUGGGCAGAAGGCAUGCUGGGAGAUAAGAUUGGGAUUUUUCCUAUCCUAUACGUUGAGCUGAAUGAAGCGGCCAAGCAGCUGAUGGAGAUGGACAAACCCUCGCCGGUCCCGGGCCCGAGCGCUGAUCCCGGUUCUCCCGCCGCCGUCAGCUGUAACGGGAACGGCGUCCACAGACGGGUGGAGGGCAAGAAGAACGCGAAGAAGCGUCACUCGUUCACGGCGCUCAGCAUGACGCAGCGCACGGCGCAGGUGCUCGGGAACAACAGACACUCCAUGGAGAUCAGCGCGCCGGUCCUCAUCAGCUCCUCUGACCCAAGAGCAGCGGCCCGGAUCGGGGACUGUCCGCACCUGUCCUCCAGCGCACCCGCCUCACAGGACUCUUCAGUCGCAGGAGCUGCGGUUCCUCCGCGCGUCACGUCUGCGGCCGGAGAGCUGCUCGCCGCUGCUAAAGUCCAGCUGCCUCUCAACAUCUAUCUGGCCAUGUACGCUUACAAACCGCAGAAGGCCGACGAGCUGGAGCUGCGUAAGGGCGAGAUGUACCGCGUGACCGAGAAGUGUCAGGACGGAUGGUUCAAAGGAACGUCGCUGCGCUCCGGAGCGUCGGGAGUUUUCCCGGGAAACUACGUCACGCCCGUCUCCAGGGCUCCGUUUGCCGUCGGUCAGACGCGCUCCUGUCUCUCUGGAGCGGCUCAGUCUAAGGUGGUUCCUGGAUCUCCGGGCUCCGCCGGCCCCUCGAGUCCCGUCCUGAUGGCCUCGGCGUCUCGCUCCAGCACGCCGCUCUCCAGCCCGUCGUCUCCGCACAUGAAGAACUGUCUGCGCAUGUCCAGCCAGCAAACUGUCAAUCAAGCGCGCUCCGCCAUGCAGUUAGUCCACAGUCCUCCGGCGAGCAGCAGCCCCGAGCGGCCCACGGCGGCCGUGACCCCUCUGCGACCCCAGGGCAGCCCCUCACGCUCCCCCGCUCGACCUCUCUCUAUGGUGGCGGCCCCUCAGGUGCAUCCCUCGCUGCAGUCCAGUCCGCUUUCUCCGGCCUCCGUACGACCCCUCAUGCCUCUGACCUCGGCCGCAGCCGCCAUCACGCCGCCCAACGUCACCGCGGCCCAUCUGAACGGAGGAGACGCGUCUGUCUGUGCGCUGCAGCCCGCUUCACCCGCGCACGGCGCAGUCGCCGGCCUCCCCAAACACGAGGAGAAGAAGGUGGAGAAGAAGGAAAAGAAGAGCAGUGGUCUCCUCAAACUGCUUUCCGGAGCCGCAGCCAAAAAGAAGUCUCGGUCGCCGCCAUCCAUCUCUCCCACACAUGAGCCGGCCUCCACCUCGUCCUCGGUUCAGGGAGCCAUGGCUCCGGAGCUGCGGUCUGCCGGCGGGCACGGCCGGGCCGGAUCCUGCCCCAUCGAGAGCGAGAUGCAGGGAGCCAUGGGCAUGGAGCCUCUGCACAGAAAGUCCGGCUCGCUGGAUCUCAACUUCUCUGUGUCUCCACCAGCUCGACAGGCCUGCUCGUCCUCACCGCUGGCCGUCCGGCCCGAACCUAAGCCAUUAUCCCGAGAGAGGUACCGUGUGCUCGUCCCGUACCCGCCACAGAGCGAGGCCGAGAUCGAGCUGAAGGAGGGCGACAUCGUGUUCGUGCACAAGAAACGUGAGGACGGCUGGUACAAGGGGACGCUUCAGCGCACCGGCCGGACGGGCCUCUUUCCCGGCAGCUUCGUGGAGAGUUUCUAGAUGAGAAACACACCAGCCAACAAGCUCUGAUUCCCAUGACGGGAUCUCCAGGAUCGUCUGGACUAUCUCAUGCUCAUAAUGCCCAGAAGAAGCAGACACACAGUCAUGAAGACGAGCACAAAGACGAGCAUCUUCACUGCCAUCGUCCUCAUACAUCCGUUAGGAAUAAAUGAUGUGGAUUGGGCUCAUCUGGAGGAGCGUGUGAGUCUGCAACGCCCUCUUGUGCGCGUGCGUGGAUCACAUCUCAGAUCUUCAUCAGGUCCUCACAGAUUCCUGCAGCGACCGCUUCAUCCUCGCUUUUCUUUCCUUCUUUAAUCAGCAGAUCUGAAUGAGAACGACACGAGGAUGUUAUUCAUAGAGAUAUCAGAUGAAUGUAGUGAGUGAUGAAGCUCAUCAAACCUGUCAUAUUUCACACCAAAAUCAACAUUUUAUUAUUUUGCAUUUUGCAUUAUUUUUGACUAUUUUCCCCACUAUAUUCUCAUUACUGUAAUGCAAAUGAAUCCAUGAUAUGUUAUUUAAAUGGUAAUUAUUAAUACAGCAUGUUAGUAUUAGUAUAGUAGUGCCUUUAUGCUCAUUCAAAUGAAAAAUAAUGCAUUACAGGAUUGAGAAUUAUAAAUACUCAAAAAUAAUGAGAGUUUACAGUUAAAUUGCGUUUGUGAAAAUAAUGUCACAAUAACAUUUAAAUGUAUAUUUUCAUAUAUAUAUAUAUAUAUAUAUAUAUACACACACACACUACAAAAGUUUGGAAUAAUUUUUUUUUUAUUAUAAUAAUUAUUAUCAAUUAUUAUUGGUGCUUAUAGUUGUUCGUAUUAUUAUCAAUGUUGAAAACAGUAGUGCUAUUUCAUAUUUUUGUGGAAACCGUCAUAUAUUUCAUUUUUCAGGAUUCUUUGAUGAAUAGAAAGUUCAAAAGAACAGCAUUUAUUUAAAAUAGAAUCUUUUGUAACAUUAUAAAUGUCUUUACUGUCACUUUUGAUCAAUUGAAUGCGUCCUUGAUGAAUAAAAGUAUUAUUUUUCUUUAAAAAAAAAAACAACUUACUGACACCAAACUUGAAGUGUGAGUGUGUGUAUGUAUACAGUUGUGGUCAGAAUUAUUGGCACCCUUGGUAAAUAUGAUCAAAGAUGACUAUAAAAAUAAAUCUGCAUUGUUUAUCCUUUUAAUCUUUAAUUCAUAAAAUUAGCAAAAAUCUAACCUUUCAUUGAAGGAAAAGAAUUGAAAGUGGGGGGAAAAUCACAUUAUGAAAUAAAUGUUUUUCUCCAAAACAUGUUGGCCACAAUUAUUGGCACCCCUAGAAUUUUUUAUGAGUAAAAUAUCUCUGAAGUAUAUUCCCAUUCAUAUUUACAUUUUUUUAGCACACCAGGGUGAUCAUGAAAGUGUCCAGCCAUGACUUCCUGUUCCACAGGAGUAUAAACAUGAGGAAACACAAAGGCCAAAUUCCCGUAAUCAUUCAUCACAAUGAGAAAAACCAAAGAAUAUAGUUCUGAUGUGUAGCAAAAGAUUGUUGAGCUUCACAAAAUAGAAAGUGGCUGUAAGAAAAUAGCUAAAGCAUUGAAAAUCCCCAUUUCCACUAUCAGGGCAAUAAUUAAGAAGUUCCAAUCAACUAAAGAUGUUACAAAUCUGCCUGGAAGAGGACGUGUGUCUAAAUCGUCCUAAUGCGCAGUGAGGAGGACAGUUUGAGUGGCCAAAGAAGGAUCACAGCUGGAGAAUUGCAGAAAUUCGUUGAGUCUUGAGUCUCAGAAAGCCUUAAAAAAAAUGAUCAAACAGCACCAACAUCCCCACAAGUUGUUUAGGAGGGUUUUAAGAAAAAUCCUCUGCUCUCAUCCAGAAACAAUCUCCAGCAUAUUCAGUUGUCGGACACGACUGGAACUUCAAACGGGACCGGUUUCUAUGGUCAGAUGAAACUAAAAAAAGAGCUUUUUGGCAGCAAACCCACCAGAUGGGUUUGGUGCACACAUGGAUAAAAAGUACCCCAUGCCCACGGUUAAAUAUACUGCUGGAUCUUUAAUGCUGUGGGCCUAUUUUUCUGCUGGAGGUCCUGGACAUCUUGUUCAGAUACAUGGUAUCAUGGAUUCUAUCAAAUACCAACAGAUAAAAAAACAAAACCUGACCGCUUCUGCUAGAAAUCCAAUAAUGGGCCGUGAUUGGAUCUUCCAUCAGGACAAUGAUCCAAAACAAACAUCAAAAUCAACACAAAAAUGUGUCAAUGAGCACAAAAUGAAGCUUCUGCCAUGGCCGUCCCAGUCCCCUGACCUGAACCCUAAAGAAAAUGAGUGGAGUGAACUGAAGAGAAGAAGCACCAACAUGGAGCUGGAAUCUGAAGGAUCUGGAGAGAUUCUGCAUGAAGGAAUGGUCUCUGAUCUCUUGUCAGGUGUUCUCCAAACUCAUCAGGCAUUACAGGUGAAGACUCAGAGCUGUUAUCUUAGGAAAAGGUUGCAAAAGGUAUUGAAUAAAAGGGUGCCAAUAAUUGUGGCCAACAUGUUUUGGAGAAAAACUUUUAUUUCAUAAUGUGAUUUUCCCCCCACUUUCAAUUCUU